GGGAAACCGCGACUACACCCGCUUCAAGGGGAAAAAGGUGGCCGAGGCACCACCUGGGGUGGUGCUUCAUGAUGCCCAGAUAUAUGACAUGAUGCGGACGAAGCAGAAGCCCAAUCCCGCAUUGCCUCAGCCACAGUACUACGGCAAUGCCAAGGCCGCCAAGGAGGACUACUGCGACAUGGUCAAGUCUCGUCACCCCGAGGUGGAUGACCCCUUGAGCAUUCCGGUCGACGAGGAGUCGUUGGUCCUGUCGGGGCACGGGCGUCCGCAUGGCCGUUUCCCUUGGCUGAAUAAGGCGGUCAAGCCUACCCACUCCACGAGCUACACGCGCCUCAAGCAUACCCUCACCGCCGACAGCCCCCAGCCUCGUCCACGGCCUGCUCGUCCACCCGCCUACGAUGUAAGUUUCCUCAUUUUCAUCCUCUUUCCGGUUUUCCUUCCUACAUGGCUAAGUGUUUACGAGAUUCAUUGUUUCCGAAAUUGUAGCCCGACUUCGAGGCGGCCUUCGAAGCCUGCAAUGAAGCGUAUCAGCAGGCCGCUGCCCGGUGGAAUAGGCAGAAUACGGCCUAUAUGA